AUGGCUCGAGCGACUACCCGUUCUCAGAAACAACCCUCACAAUCUCAACGACAGCCCCCCCAGUCCCAACCACGCCAGACGAGGGGCAGCCAGUCUCAGCGCCGGCGUGGGCGUGACGAAGAGGAAGAGGAGGAAGAGGAGGAAGAACAAGAGGCGCAGGAUGAGGAUAUCGAGAUGGACGGGGUGGGAAAUGUGAAGAAAGAUCUAGACAGGAAAGCUAAUGACCUCGUCCGCCUAGCGCUGUUCACGGAGGCUCGGCGUGUCCCCCUACGCAGAGAAGAGAUCUCUAAGAAAGCAGUGCUAGGCUCGAGCACGCGUGCCUUCAAUACUGUCAUGGAGCGCGCUCAGGACAUCCUGCACAAGGUGUUCGGCAUGGAGCUCGUCGAGCUCCAGGCGCGCCCGGAGCCGGACAAGGACGCGAACGACAAAGAUGCGGAGCUGCUCAAGGGCACCGGCGUCAAGAAACGCGCUGCGCCGACGGGAACGAAGACGUACAUCCUGCGCUCCGUACUUGCACCGUCAAUUAUUGAGCGUGCGUGUGCUCCGAACGCGGAGAUUCGCGCAGCAGAACAGGCCGACCGCGCAGAUGCAGUCGCAGAGGACGAGAACGACGACGACGACGAUAACCGCGUUGGAAAACGCUCCACCGGCAGCAUCUUCGCAUGGCACGCGGCCGACCAGCUUGGUUCCGUCGGCAUGCUCUACGUGAUCCUGGCGCUAAUCCUCGUCGAGGGAAAGGUCAUCAGUGACAACGACCUCCGGGGGAUCCUGAAGCGUCUCCGGCUGUCCGGCUCCGCGCACGUCCCUCUGAGCAGCCAAUCAACGCACCAGGCGCUUACCGUCGACGCGUAUCUGACGCAGCUCGCACGCCAGGGGUAUCUCGACCGGAACCGCGUGGGCGAGCAGAAAGGCCAGAAGCGUGGGCGCGUGCCUGCCGCGACGCAGGCGACACAGGGCGAAGAUGGCGCGAAUAACUGGGAGUGGCGCUGGGGUGCCCGCGCGCGCGCCGAGGUCGGCGAGAAGGCAAUUGCGCGGUUCGUUGCGGAGUUCAUGGUCGCAAAGACAGGCGGGGACGAGACGGAUGGCGAGGGCGAGGGCGAGGAGGGCAGAGCGAGGGCUGAUGUGGGAGAGAAGAAGAGGUUCGAAAUCAUCUUGAGGGGCAUCGAGAGAGCGGCGGGCACAGCACUGGCGGAUGUCAGGUCGUAG